CGUUUGAAGCACACAGCAAAGCAUCAUCAUCAGUUCAUCACAUCACAAGAAACUUUGCGUUGCAUCCUUUUGUUUCCUGCUAAAAUUGACACGCACUUGAUUUAGUGAUUAGUGUCCUAAACUCCUAAUGGCCUCAACAUGGUUCUUCCUCCUUGCCCUCCUGGCUGUAUCGAUUUCGAAUGCUUUCGCCUCCGAUCCCAGCCAACUCCAGGACUUCUGCGUCGCUGACAAGAUGUCGCAAGUUCUAGUCAAUGGAUUUGCAUGCAAGGACCCAGCGGCCAUCACCGUGGAAGACUUCUUCUUCUCCGGCCUUCACAUGGCUGGAAACACCAGCAACAGGCAGGGAUCGGCCGUGACAGGAGUCAACGUCGCCCAGAUCUCUGGGCUCAACACCUUGGGCAUCUCUUUGGCCCGCGUCGACUAUGCGCCCUAUGGUCUUAACCCUCCGCACAUUCACCCACGUGCGACCGAGAUCCUGACUAUACUGGAGGGCUCACUCUACGUCGGCUUCGUUACCUCCAACCCCGAGAACAAGCUGUUCACCAAGGUUCUUAACAAGGGGGACGUAUUCGUGUUUCCUCAGGGGUUGAUCCACUUUCAGUUCAACUAUGGUACAAAAGAUGUUAUAGCCCUUGCGGCUCUAAGUAGCCAGAACCCUGGAGUCAUCACCAUAGCAAAUGCGGUGUUUGGAUCGAAGCCGUUCAUAUCAGAUGAUAUCCUUGCCAAGGCCUUUCAGGUGGAGAAGAAGAUAGUAGACCGGAUUCAAGCUCAGUUCUGAAGUUUCUAAACAAAGUUGUUUCUUUAUCCAUGGGUGAUGAUUCAUUUGUUCUUUUUACAUUAAAUUAAGUUAAUUUACGUUAUACUUAAUUGUAUUGUACAUCUCAUUCUUGCAAGUUGUAACACAUCAGUAAGUUUAUAUUGAACUUUGUGAAAUAAAAAUGUAAUAGGGAACUGCGCUGUGAUCAAGUUUGUAUUUACCUAUCUAAUGAAAUUCCACAGGUUGAUGUAUA